GCGCGCAGGACGGGCAUGACACCGGUAACGGCGGUGGGCCCGGGGGUGGUGCCGGGCUCGGUGCCGGUGCCGGGGGUCACGGCCCCGCGCUGUUCCCGUCCCCGCCGCCAGAGGGCGCUCCGGGCCGCGGGGACGCGCAGCGCCGCUCGCGGCCGCCGGGGGGCGCGCGCGCGGGGGGGAGGGGGCGGGGCCGCCCGCGCACGCGCAGUGACGCAGCCCGGCGCUGCUGCCGUGUCCCCGCGGCGCGCGGCCGCAGUGCGCGUGCGCAGAACGGCGGCACCGGGAGCGGAGCGGGACGGGCUGGGGGCACCAUGGGCCUUCAACAACCUGGAGAACCUCGUCUUUGGCAAGGGCUUCCAGGCCAAGAUAUUCCCUGAGAUCCUCACCUGCCUCUUGCUGGCCCUGUUCGCCUCUGGCCUCAUCCACCGGGUCUGUGUGACCACCUGCCUCAUCUUUUCCAUGGUUGGUCUCUACUACAUCAACAAGAUUUCCUCCACUCUCUACCAGUCCACAGCGCCCGUUGCUGCUCCUGCCAAGGCUGUUGGCAAGGGCAGGAAGAGAAAUUGAUGUCCUGCUGCCCCUUCCUGGGGCAGCCCUCUCCCUAUGGCCAAUCCAGGACAGCCCCCUGCCCAAUAAAGCCAUUUCUUUGUA